AUGCCUCGAACUUGUGUGAAUAAAGCAGAUAAUUUCUGCUAUAUCUGCGGUGAAAUAACUUUUAUCUCACAAAAAAGGAGGAUAACAGGAAUGAUUAAGCAAAGCCUACAACUUGUAUUUUGGCUGCAAGAUAGGAGACCAGGACAAGAGCUUGGCACCACAUAUAUGCUGCAAUUCUUGUGGGACGGCACUGGAGCAAUGGUUGAAUGGAAAAAAAAGGCAUCUAUGCCUUUCGCUGUGCCAAUGAUUUGGAGAGAGCCAACAGAUCAUGUUAGUAAUUGUUACUUUUGUAUGGUGCCUCCAAUUGUAAAAGGGCUAAAUAAGAAGAAAAAGUUAUCUGUGCACUAUCCAAAUAUUCCAUCGGCAAUACGUCCAGUUCCUCAUGGAGAGGGGCUACCAAUUCCUAAAGCACCAGAAUCCUUCGUGGUUGAGUCAAGUGAGGAAGAACCUGAAGCGUGUAGUCACGUGCAGUUGUAA